UUUUUUUUUCGUAUCAUUGUGAUUUGUGUCUGUCGGUUAGGUUCUCUCUCUCUGACACUCACUUAUUCACUCUUUCCAAGUUCUCUUGCACAUGUUCUAUGAAGAGAGACGUGAUCUUCUCUAAACCCUAGAUUGAUUCCUGAUCCUUCCUUUCUCAUCUCUGUUUUCAAACCCUAGCUUUCUUGAUCCCGAUCGCGCGGCGCCAAUCUUCGAAUUCAACUGAUCGAGAAUGUUGGAUCACAGUGAAGAGGUUUUGGUUGAUUCGGAAACCAUGAAAGGAAGAGUUGGAGAUGUUAUGAUCGAACAGAGCAACAACAAGAAGACUUGUGCUGAUUGUGGUACAAGCAAAACCCCUCUUUGGCGUGGUGGUCCUUCUGGUCCCAAUUCAUUGUGUAACGCGUGUGGGAUCAGAAACACGAAGAAGAGAAGAGGAACAGAGGAUGACAAUAACAAGAAACCGAAGAAAUCGAGUCCCGGCGGCGGAAACCCUAGAUUUAGUGAAUCACUAAAACAGAGGUUGAUUGAUUUGGGGAUGACGAAGAGUCAUCGAUCAACGGUGGAGAAGCAACGACGGAAGCUUGGUGAGGAAGAACAAGCCGCUGUGUUACUCAUGGCUCUAUCUUAUGGCUCUGUGUACACUUAAGUGGUUCCUACACCAUGAUUAGGGUUUUAAUUCUUGUGUUUGGGGAGCAAUGAUGAUGAUGAUUAGUGAUGAUGACUAACAAAAAAAUUGGGUGUGAAAUUUUGUGUUUUUUCCAAUUCAAUUUGUUUUGGAUUUUUGUGGGUAUCUCUAUGUUGUGAUUUUUGGAAAUCACAAAAAAAAAGUUUUGGAAAUUGUUCGAAGAUUAAUGAAAGAAACAAAAGAUAUUCGGUGGUA